AUGGCGGAUUAUACAUUUAAACAACCAUUUUAUGUUUUCUACUUCAAUCCUGAAAGGAACACUCACCAACGUGUUGAAAUCCAAGGUUUUGGAGAUUACCAUGAAUCUUUGGACAAGCCUAGUAGAGUCCACGUCUUUGUAGACGAUUGUAGUAGAUUAUACGACAGUAGUAGAUUCUACGACUUUGCAAACCACAUCGAGGAUCUUAAUGUUAACGAUUUGAAGCUACUUAAGUCAAGCAUUUAUACUCCAUAUGUGAGGACGGAGAAAAUAGAUAGUUAUUGUCCGUGGUCAGAAACAGCAGAUGAAGAUGAAGAUGAAUCAUAA